AUGGCGAAAGAACAGUCUCAGAUACAAAAUGUUGACCUCAACUCGGAAUUAUUCUUGGAUAUCCUCACCAAGGAGGAAAAGGAGGCUCUCCUUACCAAGAAAAUGGAAGAAAUUCGUAAGAAAAAUGAUGCUAUAAGAAAACGCCAUGAGGAAAUAGAAGCAGACAAAAAAAUAGCAGCAAAAAAUGGAAGUUAUAAAGCACCAGCACCUAAAAAAGAUAAGCCACGUAAUUGCCCAGCUGAGCCAAGUUAUAAUUAUUUAACAGAUCAGAGGCGAGAUCGCCCAGUCUCAUAUCAUGAAGACUCAAACAGACGUCAUCAUAAAAAUUAUGGGGGAGAUGAUUUUUCACAGGUUAAAGGUCAAAUGCCUCACAAAAAAGAAAAACAGGAUGAUAGACAAGCUGGAUUAAAAUCUAAAAUUGAAAUGUCAGCCACCAUGACAGGGAAAGAAAGACGACAGUAUCAAGAGUGGAAGUCAGAACGUGAUCGUGUUGAUAAAGCUCGACUUAAUAGACAGAAGACAUCGUCAGGUGACUGGAGACGAAGUUGGGAUGCUGAUAAAAUUCAACAAGAUUAUGAUUCAAAAAUGGAACCAGCAAAACGCCCAGCUGGUAGAAUUGGCAGUGGACGUUUUGACAGACAUUUAGAAGAAAGACCACAGAAAAUAGAUGCAGCUCCCCAUCCAAGAGGUGUUCAAAUGGACCAUGAUGCACCUCAGCCCCGCGGCAGAGGAAGAGGUAGAGGUCGAGGUCGGGGAAAGGGAAAAGGACAUAGUCCUGAAAAAUCAUCAAGAGCACGAACUGUUUCGUCAGAUAGUAGUGAAGGUCGAACUGUGGAAUGUCAAAGAGAUAGCUUAACUGUCAAAAUCGACAACACAAAACCAAGUGAACAUUUGGUGGAGGUUGAAUAUUCAAACGAUGAUCAACCUAAAGCUCCACGUGUCAAAAUACCAUCUGCAUCGAACAGCUCCUGUUCAGCCAAGUCUCCUUCAGAGUUAUCCUGGGAGGAUGAGCUUGGUGGUUUCGAGGGUGCUAAAGAUGCUGCUGAGGUCUUUCAUAGAAACGAUGAUCACAGAAUGGGCAACAAACUUCCCACAACUCCUGUCAGAACCAAUGGUGCCACGUCACAUAAUUUCUCAGAUGACGAAAGCGAUGCUUUGAAACUGAAUUGUAAAUUAAAUCCUGAUGCACCAUCUUUCUCGCCUUUAACAUCUCCUGAAAUGAAGACUCCUGAAGGUCUGGUCAAAGUUGGAGACUGGGUCGCUGAGUGUGCUGCUAACUUGAGUCCAUUAUCUCCCUUGUCUCUGAACACUUCAAACAGUGGAGAAAAAACCAGCCCACCAAAUCAAGACGAUAAAUCCAAGAAUGCUGCUUCAAAUGGUGUGGCAAAGAAAGAACUAAGAUUUUCGGAUGAAGGCAAACAUCCUCUGGCCAAUGUAGCUGCUAGCAUGGUAGAGAAGCCUUCUGACUUUAAAAGUUCUUUAAAUGAUGAACCUGCUAAACCAGAUUCAAAAGAAAUUGAAUCCAAAGUAGAAGGAAAUAAAGGGAAACCCGAAGAUUUCAUAAAAGCAGGAUCACCUUUAGUUGAGGCUGUUCUAAAUACAACGGAUCUUAUUGACGAUCAUGUCAAUCUUUCGAACAGUGAAGUUUCACACGAGGAAAAUGAUAAUGCAUUAUCAAAGGACGAGAAAUUGACUCUAAAUAAUAAUGUAAAAUCAAUUAAAAGUGAUGAUCUUCAUUGA